AUGAAAUCAUCAGAGUCAUUGUUGGUCGAGCCAUUUAAUGUACUGGAGGAUCAAGCAGGGCUGGGACAAAUGGUCCCAGCGACAAGCGGGCAUACGUCGCCGCCAACGACCGACCAUGGCUCCAUGUCCCCGCCAGAACAACAGCACAAGAAGCGGCGGCAGCACAAAGAUACUUAUCGUCGAUUACAUCCAAUAGUGACGACUGCGCCGAACGUCCCCCCCAAACGUGGGUCGAUCUCAUCAGGAUCGUCCACGUCUUCUGCUGCUUCUGACGGCAGUGCAACGCUCGUACCAACGGCGCUCGACGCACAUCGAAGGGAUAUGUUUGGUGCUUACCCAGUCCAGCUUGACGCACAGAGCCUUGAGGCUCUGGACGAGCAGCUCAAUUCUGUCUCGAAUGAAGAGCUGGUCUUUGAUAUUCGGGGUGGCCAUAAGCACCCAAUGCUUGCAACGGUAUUCAGCAGAUCCUUGCAAGAUGUUGGGCUCUUCUCAUGCUAUGUCGCAGCAGCACAGAGUCUCUUCCUGCAGCGGCGAUCUCGGAAGGGCUUUCAGCCUUCGGAUCAGUUGAUGGCUCUCCAGAAUCGAGGUCUCAGUCACAUCAGAGAUCGGAUCAUGGGCGUGAACGCAGUCAUGGAUGACAUUCUCAUUGCUAGCAUCACGCAACUGAUGGUUGCCGACUCGGUGUGCGGCAACAUAAAGUCGUUGCUUUCUCAUCAACGGGGCGUGAGGAAGCUCCUCGGGCUACGGAAAGACGCACUCAAUGAGCCUCUGGUUGCAAUGAGCCUAGGCGUCAUCGUGGUCAUUGAGUUCUACAUGGCACUCGUGGCAUUCAUCUUUCCACCAGAGAAGCCACCACCUCCGCCAGCAGACAACGCCCUGCGAUAUAUCAAACAUCCUUUCCCAAUCUCAAUCUGCAUCCGGAUGUCUCGGCUGCCACAGGGUCUGGAGGACCUGGCGCUAUCCAGCAAGUGUAGUCUUCAAACUAUCGACUUGCUUGAACACCUCAGUGAGUGGUCGUCAGAUAUGCAAGCCAUCAAUGGAGCCAAUCAAGCAGCAACAGAAGUCUACGCUCGCCUGUUCGCCGAGCCUAUGAGUUCGUCACGCUCCGCUAUCUUCAUUCUCCGCAAUCUGCGGCACGCCAAUGCAGAAAUAUCGAUCGAGUACGUCCUGUGUCUGGGAGUCAUCAUCAUCAUUAAGCACCAAAGGACAACCAGGAAGACCGACUAUUUGGACGACGAGCUCGUGCAUAGUUUUGUUCGAGCUCUAAAGCAGUAUCCGCACGCAUCACAUUGCGAAGUAGCAGCAAUCAUCUGGCUUGUUGCCGUGGUCGCCUGGCGAAUAUCCGGCGUGUUCAAGCCCGAGGCAGAUGACCUUAUCGACUUCACCAUCAAGAAGUACGAUGAAGCACAGAGUCUCAGCACAACGCGCACGAUAUGGCGGAAGUUUCUUUGGCACGAAAGGUAUGAGCAUGCUUGGACGCGCAUGUGGCAACUCGGCUUGGACCGAUAUCAAGUUGGCAAGGCCGAGCGGCUCAUGCGUGCUCCGGCGCCGAAGAACGGGAUGUUGAAGCGUUCGCAGUCGUCUUCACUCCCGCGGGAUUCGGCUUCUCUCAAGAAAGAAGACUCGAAUUCGAGUUAUCAGUCCUCCAGCAAUUUCAGCAGACCGCCUUCCACAGUGCAUUCAAUGGACAGUGUCACACCACCUGUCUCGGACAGCGACGUGCUAUCUGGAUGA